UUUAGCUUUAGAAAAAGCAGAUUAAUUCUGACACAUCAUUCGUAUUUUAAAUAAUAAUGUUGACGGUAAAUAACGAUUGGCUUAUGGAAUUAGAAGUAUUAAAGGAAUAGGCAGAAGCUUUGCUACAUCAAUUACAGAGUAAUUCUGAUUCAAUAUUGAUGUCAAGGCGUUGAGACUCGAUUUAACAUAAAUAGCAGGAGAACUAA